UUGAAUGAUAACAACUUUUGUUGUCAAAUCUCUAUAUGACGCGACCCUCUCAACAACUCGAGCGUCUACACUAACCUAAUAUAACAUGCAAUACAUGCUGACUGGACACCGUGAGAACCAAAACUCCGUAAUAUCAUGCUUUCAAAGCUGUGCCACACAGCGGCUAUGUGGUUCAUGCAAAGUACGCAAACCAUCAAACACGGGACAAUGCAACCUCCCUUUUGCGCACCCAGACACCUCGUUCUCUGUUUCUGUUCUUCUCGUCUUCGUUUCGUUUCGGUUAUUUCUACUUCCGUCAUCUUGAUGCUCACCAGCCUCAGCCGCAGCCAAGGCAUUACUUAGACUCCCUAC